AAACAAAAGAGAGAAGUAAUAUUAUAUUGAUUAUCAAGACCCAUAAAUGAAAAGAUUGCAUUAUUAUUAAUAUUUAUCUCAUAGUUUUAAAACACAAAAUAAAUUUUUCCAUUUUUCUGUACAUUUCCCAUUCGAUUUUCAGAAUGGAUAAUCAUCACUUGUAUUCAUUCGACGAGAAUUGCUGGUCUGAUCUGAUUGAUUACAGCAACCUGUUAAACGACGUCGAGCCAAUUGAUCUUUCGUGGAAUCCUCCGCCCCACACCCAAAGUAAUGCGGCGGGAGUAGAUGUCUCUCUUUGUGGAACUAUAUCACAAGGAAGUGAAUGUGCAGAAAAAGAAUGCCUCAGAAACAGGGAACACGGCGAUCUGUGCAGAGAAGUUAGAACUAAAGCCUGUCGCGAGAGAAUAAGGAGAGAAAAAUUGAACAACAGGUUCUCAGAAUUGUGUGCUAUUCUGGAACUGGGGAGACCCGUGAAAUUUGACAAAUUGGCCAUACUUGGAGAUGCCAUCAAAGUUCUGAACCAGCUAAAAGCUGAAUCUGAAGAGUAUAAAGAGAUGAAUGAAAAACUUUUGGAAGAGAUCAGGAUAUUGAAGGCAGAGAAGAAUGAACUUCGUGACGAGAAACUUGUACUGAGAGCAGACAAGGAAAGGAUGGAGCAGCAACUGAAAGCCAUGCCUCUUCCACCUGCCGGGUUCAUGCCGGCACAUCCACCAGUAUAUCUGGGCGGGUCAAACAAGAUGCCGAUGUAUCCAGGCUACAGUUUUGUCCCAAUGUGGCAGUAUCUCCCGCAAUCUAACCGUGAUACUUCUCAAGAUCAUAAACUCAGGCCUCCUGCUGCUUGAUGCUUUCAAAAGUAUGUCUCAAGAAUCUUCAUCAUCCAUUGCUGUCUACCAAUAUCUUUGAUAUUGUCUUAAUUUUUGUAGUUUUGAGUAUUGAUGAAUGACUAGCAAUUAAUUAGGAGGGAAUUGGAUAACGUUAUUGUAUCGA